AAGAGCACUGUGAGCUGCAUCUUCACUAGAAACCCAUCAUCGGCUGGCAUGAUUAGCUCAUAACAGAUUGUGGAUUCUUCAAGCAAUACAGAAACGGAAGAAUUGCGCCUUGGGUUCUCGUCGUGGUUCAGUCUAUGGUCUCUGGCCUUGGUGAAAAACUCAGCUUUGAUGCUCACCCAGCAGAGACAGUGUAGGGUUCUGUAGUUUGAGGGUCAUGUGGUGGUUAGUUUGGCUUUCAGAGUGAUCGGCGAUGCGGUAGAGGGAUUGAUGGGAAGAGUGGAGCGGGCGUGAUUGCUGCCAUCAUGAGGAAACGCGACUUGGGAAUUCUGUUGCUAUCGGCGUUGUCCAUUUUUUUUUCGCUCCAGAACGAAGGAAGCCUCUCGUUUCGACCAGCGUGGGUGCUUCACAAGGAUAGUUCACCUAUAAAGCACGAAGCGGAGCGUCUACCACCACCAGUUGUUGCCGAUUUGAAUGGAGAUGGCCACGUGGAGGUCGUUGUGGCCUGGGAAGACAAACUCCAGGUCAUCGACCCACGUGUGUCAUUUGCUGAGAAUGGAUUUUCUGAAGCACGGGUGUUGGCGGAGGUUUCUCUCUUGCCGGAUAGAGUGCGAGUGAGAGCUGGAAGGAGACCAGUUGCUCUAGCUGCAGGCGAGGUGAAACGCUACUACAGAGCACAGGACUUGAAUAAGAAAGUGAUUGUGGUCGUGACAGCUGGCUGGAACAUCAUGUGCUUUGACCACAAUCUGAAGAAGCUUUGGGAAGAUGAUGUUCAGGAUGACUUUCCACACGGUUCUCACCACAAAGAAGUGGCUAUCUCCAUUAGCAACUACACCUUGAAGCAUGGAGAUACUGGACUGAUCAUUGUGGGCGGGAGUAUGGAGGUUCAACCCCAAGUACACUUGGAUCCUUUCGAAGAGGAACUGAUGGCUGAGCAAGUGAUUGAGAGUCACCGACGUUCAGCUGGUGCCAAAGAGGAGGAAGAGGAUGUGACAAAGAAGAUGGGUGGUGGAAAGGAGCGACAUUUUUCAUACUACGCAUAUGCUGGUAUGACUGGCACGCGUCGGUGGGUUCACAGAAGUGAGGACUUUCGACGUACUACCGAUGCUGGCGCGUUGCAACCACAACACAAUUACAGGUUGGAUGCCAGCUCGCUUGCUACUCGGCAUCUUGGAGAGGUUGAAUGCAGGGAGUUCCGGGAGUCAGUUUUAGGCGUAAUGCCGCAUCGAUGGGAGCACAGAGAGGACACAAGGUUCGAGCUGGCACAUUUUCGGAAACAUCGCCGAAAGUUGGUGAAGAAAGUUCCGGGCAAGGACAAUAGCAUCCCAUCUGAGAAACCUGCGGACCGAAAUACUCCUGGCAUGGAUGCGCGUGGUAAUCCUAUUGCCAAAGUUGUGGGCAAGGCUGCGGACCUGGCAGUUGGUGCGAAAGUUAGGAAGCAACAAUUUCAAUACGUUCCGGUGAUAACGAAUCACACGUCACAUUGGUGGGUUCCCAACGUCGUUGUGGCACACCUGAAGGAAGGGAUUGAGGCCGUACACUUGGCUACAGGCCGCACGGUGUGCAAGCUGUUUCUCCCCGAAGGAGGCCUUCAUGCAGAUGUCAACGGCGAUGGGGUUCUGGAUCAUGUUCAGGCUGUUGGAGGUCACGGAUCAGCACGUAUAGUGCCAACUGGAAUGACGGAAGCUCUGAAGCCAUGCUGGGCGGUUGCUACUUCAGGUGUACCUGUUAGGGCGCAACUAUUUAACGGCACAGUGUGCCGGCACUCACCUUUCCAAAUGUUCCCUCACAACGAGUUUUCUGGCGAUUUCGGACGCCGGCCACAUCCAGGAGAUGCACUUGUACAAGUGGUUGCUCCUAUCAUUCUGCCACACCCAGAUGGUCAGCGCCACCGCAAGGGGAGCCAUGGCGACGUUGUCUUUUUGAAUAGCCGCGGAGAGGUGACCUCUUUCUCUGUGUUGGGCCCGAGACGUGGCCAGGAGGCUCAGCACCGUUGGCAGGUCACGACUACCGCGUACUGGACGACGUCACCUGAUUUGCAAGGAGUGGGAACAGCGAGGAUCAUUCCGACGUUGAUAGCAUUGCCUCUAAGGAAGAAUGGGGAGGCCGACGCAAUUCUCGCAGUUGGGGAGGCCGAGGCUGUGGUGCUGUCACCAAAAGGCAGCUACGUGACACAGGUGUUCCUUCCAACACCCGGGUCAGCACCCAUGAUAUACGAUGAUUUUUCAGGUGACAAGUUGAACGACCUCAUCCUUGUAAGCGAAGAUGGCAUUUAUGGUUUUGUACAAACUAGGCAACCGGGAGCUAUCCUAUUUGUUUCCUUGGUGGGUGUACUGAUAUUGGUGAUGGGUGUAAUCUUCGUCACUCAGCACUGGGGCACUGGUAAAGGGAAGUCCAGAGCAGCAGAGAGACGUAGUUCUACCGGCAUUUAGGCCAUAUAGUGUGCAGACAUUUACUGGACGACAAAGUAAUGUUUGUAGCUUGAUCCUCAAGCUGAAAUAGAGGGGCUCUUUGGCCUGGAUUUAUUUGGAUUAA